AUGCUAGUCCGCUACGCGGCCUUUCUCUGUGAAGCCAACUCCGAAAAGACCCGCAAGGGUUAUGCCGGCAGUACUAUCAAGAAAUACAUCGGAACCUUGCUGGUCAUGAACAGACUACACCCCCGAGCGAGACUCAUGACAGUCAUGGAGGAAGAAAUCAUCAGACUCGCUAAACAAGCAGUUGACAAGAUCAAGGGCAAGGCACCUCCCCAACGAGCCUGCACACUCACCGCCGAACAG